UUCUUCCCAGUGUGAGUAGAGCUGCAGACGUGUCUCUGGAACCGUCGAACAAACUCUAAACCAACUUCAUCAUUUCAUCAGACUUGUUUAAAGUCUCAGCAGAAUCUCUGACAAACAACGAUAUGGCUGCUGCCGGUCUUCUUCGAUCUGAAGAUCAGUUCCUGUGUUCCAUCUGUCUGGAUGUCUUCACUGAUCCAGUCACAAUACCCUGUGGACACAACUUCUGCAAACCCUGCAUCUCUGAACACUGGGAUAAUAAUGAAAACUACCAGUGUCCCAUGUGUAAAAAAGCUUUCGACCCAAGACCUGAGUUGUACGCCAACACUUUCAUCUCAGAGAUGGUUUCUCAGUUCAGACAUGAAGCUCAACAUGAACCAAACAUCUACAGUUCGGACCAACAAGCUGCCAAACCAGGAGAAGUUCCCUGUGAUGUCUGCACUGAACCCAAACUGAAGGCCCUGAAGUCCUGCCUGGUGUGUCUGAUCUCCUACUGUCAGACUCAUCUGGAACCUCAUUGGACAGUUCCAGGACUGAAAAGACAUCAGCUGAUCCACCCUGUGGAGAACCUGGAAGACAGGAUGUGUAGGAAACACGAUAAACCUCUGGAGCUAUUCUGUAAAACUGACCACACAUAUAUCUGUCACCACUGCGCCUACUCAGACCACAAAAGUCAUGACAUUACUCCUCUGAAAGAAGAACAUGAAGAACAGAAGGCAGAGCUGAAGAAGACAGAGGCUGAAAUUCAGCAGACGAUCCAGGAGAGACGACUGAAGAUCCAGCAGAUCCAAUGGUCAGUGGAGUUCAGUAAGUACGCUGCAGACAGAGAGACAGCAGAAGGUGUUGAGGUCUUCACUGCUCUGAUGAAGUCUGUUCAAAGAAGUCUGAACCAGUUCAAAGAGAAGAUCCAAGAAAAGCAGAGAACCACUGAGAAACAGGCUGAAGACUUCAUCAAAGAGCUGGAACAGGAAAUCUGUGAGCUGGAGAAGAGAAGUACUGAGGUGGAGCAGCUCUCAGGCUGUGAAGACCACCUCCACUUUGUCCAGAGGUUCAAAUGUGUAAGAGCUGCUCCAUCCAUGAAGACCUGGACAAAGGUCUGUGUCUGUCCGCCAUCAUAUGAGGGGACUUUAGUGAGAGCUGUGUCUGAACUGGAGGACAAACUCGCAGAAGAGAAGAAGAAAGUGGUUGGAGUUGAGCUGAAGAGAGUCCAACAGUAUGAGGUGGAUCUGACUCUGGAUCCAGAUACAGCACAUCCUGAUCUCAUCCUGUCUGAUGAUGGGAAACAGGUUCAUGAUAGUGAUGAAACAAAGAACCUUCCAGACACUCCACAGAGAUUCUCUGACUGUUGUUCCAUCUUAGCAAAGCAGAGUUUCUCUUCAGGCAGGUUUUACUUUGAGGUUCAGGUCAAAGGAAAGACUGAAUGGGAUUUAGGAGUGGUCAGGGAGUCCAUCAACAGGAAAGGAGAUCUCACAGCGACUCCUCAGAACGGAUUCUGGACCAUCUGUUUGAGAAAUGAAAAUGAGUACAUAGCUGGUGCUGAUCCUCCUGUCCAUCUGUCCAUGAAGUCUGGUCCUCAGAAGGUGGGGGUGUUUGUGGAUUAUGAGGAGGGUCUGGUUUCCUUUUAUGAUGUUGAUUCUUCAGUUCUCAUCUAUUCUUUCAUUGGCUGCUGCUUCAAUGAUAAACUCCUCCCAUACUUCAGUCCAUGUCCUAAUGAUGAAGGUAAAAACUCUGCUCCUCUGAUCAUCACUCCUGGGGGCAGCUGUGGCCUAGAGGAGUGGGGAGUUGGCUGGAGUGUUGGCUUGUUGAUGUGUAUAUUCUUUUGGUCCAUAGAUAUGGCUGCUGCCAGUCUUCUCCGAUCUGAAGAUCAGUUCCUGUGUUCCAUAUGUCAGGAUGUCUUCACUGAUCCAGUCGCAAUACCAUGUGGACACAACUUCUGCAAACCCUGCAUCUCUAAACACUGGGAUAAUAAUGAAAACUACCAGUGUCCCAUGUGUAAAAAAGCUUUCGACCCAAGACCUGAGUUGUACGUCAACACUUUGAUCUCAGAGAUGGUGACUCAGUUCAGACGUGAAGCUCAACAUGAACCAAACAUCUACAGCUCAGACCAACAAGCUGCCAAACCAGGAGAAGUUCCCUGUGAUGACUGCACUGAACCCAAACUGAAGGCCCUGAAGUCCUGCCUGCUGUGUCUGACCUCCUACUGUCAGACUCAUCUGGAACCUCAUCUGACACUUUCCGGACUGAAAAGACAUCAGCUGAUCCUCCCUGUGGAGAACCUGGAAGACAGGAUGUGUAGGAAACACGAUAAACCUCUGGAGCUGUUCUGUAAAACUGACCACACAUGUAUCUGUCACCACUGCUCCUACUCAGACCACAAAAGUCAUGACGUUACUCCUCUGAAAGAAGAACAUGAAGAACAGAAGGCAGAGCUGAAGAAGACAGAGGCUGAAAUUCAGCAGAUGAUCCAGGAGAGACUACUGAAGAUCCAGGAGAUACAACAGUCAGUGGAGCACAGUAAGAACGCUGCAGACAGAGAGACAGCAGAAGGUGUUGAGGUCUUCACUGCUCUGAUGGAGUCUGUUCAGAGAAGUCUGGACCAGUUCAAAGAGAAGAUCCAAGAAAAGCAGAGAACCACCGAGAAACAGGCUGAAGACUUCAUCAAAGAGCUGGAACAGGAAAUCUGGGAGCUGAAGAAGAGAAGCACUGAGGUGGAGCAGCUCUCAGGCUGUGAAGACCACCUGCACUUUGUCCAGAGGUUCAAAUGUGUAAAAGCUGCUCCAUCCAUGAAGACCUGGACAGAGGUCAGCGUCCAUCCACCAUCAUAUGUGGGGACUGUGGUGAGAGCUGUGUCUGAGCUGGAGGACAAACUCACAGAAGAGAAGAAGAAGGUGGGUGGAGCUGAGCUGAAGAGAGUCCAACAGUAUGAGGUGGAUCUGACUCUGGAUCCAGAUACAGCACAUCCUGAUCUCAUCCUGUCUGAUGAUGGGAAACAGGUUCAUGAUAGUGAUGAAACAAAGAACCUUCCAGACACUCCACAGAGAUUCUCUGACUGUUGUUCCAUCUUAGCAAAGCAGAGUUUCUCUUCAGGCAGGUUUUACUUUGAGGUUCAGGUCAAAGGAAAGACUGAAUGGGAUUUAGGAGUGGUCAGAGAGUCCAUCAACAGGAAAGGAGAUCUCACAGCGACUCCUCAGAACGGAUUCUGGACCAUCUGUUUGAGAAAUGAAAAUGAGUACGAAGCUUGUGCUGAUCCUCCUGUCCGUCUGUCUGUGAAGUCUGGUCCUCAGAAGGUGGGGGUGUUUGUGGAUUAUGAGGAGGGUCUGGUUUCCUUUUAUGACACAGAUUUUUCACUUCUCAUCUACUCUUUCAUUGGAUGCUGCUUCAAUGAUAAACUCCUCCCAUUCUUCUGUCCAUGUUAUAAUGAUGAAGGUAAAAACUCUUCUCCUCUGAUCAUCACUCCUGGGGGCAGCUGUGGCCUAGAGGAGUGGGGAGUUGGCUGGAGUGUUGGCUUGUGACCAAAGGGUUGCCAAUUUGAUUCCAUGGACUGACAGAAAAAAAAACUUGUUUGCUGAUGUGCCUUUGAGCAAGGCACUUACCCCCCUAUUAUCUCCCCAGGCACCUGCUGCUCCUAGUUUGCAUUGUGUGGUAUGUUCCUGCAUGUUCUAGAGAUGGGUGAAAAGUAGAGGUUGAAUUUCAGUGGGUGGUAAAAUGUACUACUAAUAAAGGGUUGUAAUCUUAAUCCUGUCGACACUGAGUAAGAAUUUCAUCUGAUUUAUUAAAUCAAUUAACUUAGUGAUAAUGUAAACUGUUUUAACGUGUAAUGAUCUUUAUCCAAAUGCACUUAAUUACUAACACGUGUGGUGAUAAUAAUUCUGGUUUGACAGAUUCUGAUGCCUGUGAUUUAAUACAAUGAUAAUGACGGUGUUUUAAUGUUUAAUACAAAAUGUUGAGAUUGUGAAUGUGUUUCUAUUAUGCCAUUGAUUUCUAUACAUUUAAAUGAUACAAGUGUUCAGGAGAAUUCAAUAUUCAAUAAUAACAGUGACAGUAAAGAUUAUGUUCAUCAACUGUAAUAAAUAGUCAUAUACUGUUCAAACUGUCUUCAUUUUAAAGGAGAAAAAUCAUUAAAUAUUAAACGUUUGGUGAGUUGUUUUCUAUUUGUUCAUCACAGACAAACACUAAUUAUUGUAAACACUAAUUAUUUUCACAUCACCUCAGACGGAGGUUACACGAUAAUAUUUAAGACCAAAUAUAUUGAAAUGAUUAAUCAGUUAUUAAA